UCGUGGGACGAGAUGGCAUCUCCAGACCGGCUGGAUUUCAACCUACAAGGUCUUCUGGAAGAACUUGACCAGGAGGAAUUGAGCCGGUUCAAAUCUACACUGAAGUCCCUUCGCCUGCGAAGCACACUUCACGCGCAGGAAUUCCCACAAAUAGACAUGGACGAGGCCGACGGGAAGCAACUGGCGGAAAUUCUCAUCAACCGCUGCAGCAGCUACUGGGUGGAGGUGGUGACCAUGCAGACCUUUGCCAAGAUGGACCGGACGGACCUGUGUGAGAGAGCCAAGGAGGAGCUCCGGGAAGCAGCUUUGAAAUCCCUCCAGGAAAAGCUCUCAUCACUAAAGCUUAUGCAGGUAGAAGAGGAUCUCAUAAACCUAGAAGCAGACAUGUGCGUGGUAAAAAGGAGGCUAGGUAAAAGUGAUAAGUAUAGAAUUAUAUUGAAGGAGAAGUUUCGGCAAAUGUGGAAGGCCAACUUUAACCCUGGAGCCAUGGCAGACUUCCAUAUUGUCACCCAGAGAUACAAGCCGCUGAUCCCGUUCUGUGAUCCUAAAACACUUAUGGGGCCAUUUCCAUCCACUGUGGUGCUGCUUGGACCUGCUGGUGUUGGGAAAAGCACACUGGCCAAAAAGGUGAUGCUAGACUGGACAGAGAACAACCUCGCAAAGACAUUCACAUACGUCUUCUAUCUCCGCUGCAAGGAACUCAACAAGAUGGGGCCGUGUACUGGCGCUGAGCUGAUUACCAAGGACUGUCCAGAGUUGAAGGACAGUGUUCUGAGGGUCCUAGCUCAAGCACAGAAUGUCCUGUUCAUCAUUGACGGCUUUGAUGAGCUGCGAGUCCCCCCCGGGGCACUGAUCCGUGAUUUAUGCAGCGACUGGGAGACGCAGAAGCCAGUGCCCAUCCUCUUGAGCAGUUUGCUGAACAGAACCAUGUUCCCCAGAGCAACUCUCAUGGUCACCACCCGGCCCUGGGCGCUGAGGGAGCUGCGCUUCUUGGUGGAACGUCCACUCCUCAUAGAAAUGGAGGGCUUCCUGGAGGUGGACAGGAAGAUGUAUUUCCUGAAACACUUCCAAGAUGAGGACCAAGCCCUGCAAGCUUUCAACUCAAUGAGGAGCAAUGAGGCCUUGUUCAGCAUGGCCUCGGCACCCAUGGUCUGCUGGGUCAUCUGUGCUUGUCUGAAGUCGCAGAUGGAGAAGGGCGAGGACCCCACGCCCACCUGCCAAACCACCACAUCACUGUUCCUGCGUUUCCUCUGCAACCAGUUCACCCCAGGGUCUGAGAGCUGCCUCCAAGCCCCAGUCAAGGCUCUGUGUCCCCUGGCGGCUGAGGGUGUGUGGACACAGACGUCUGUGUUUGAUGGAGAAGACCUGGAGAGGCUUGGGGUGAAGGAGUCUGAACUUAGUCCUUUCCUGGAGAAGGACAUCCUUCAGAAGGACAGAUACCACGAAGGCUGGUUCUCCUUCAUCCAUCUCAGUGUCCAGCAAUUCCUGGCCGCCAUGUUCUACGUUGUGCGGAGCAAGGAAGAUGAGGAGAGUCACAGCGGGGACAUUGGGAGUGUACAGGAGCUGCUCUCCACAGAACAGACUUUAGAGAACCCCAGCCUGACCCAGGUGGGAUACUUCUUGUUUGGCCUCUUGAACGAAAGCAGAGCCAGGCAGCUGGAGACGACAUUUGGCUGCCGCGCGUCACUGGAGGUCAGGCGGGCAUUGCUGGAGUGGUGCCUGAAGGCUGGCGGAGACGGUCCCUUCUCGGUGAUGGACGUGAAGGAGGCUUUGUUCUGUCUCUAUGAGUCUCAGGAGGAGGCGUUUGUGGGAGAUGCAAUGGCCCAUUUCAAGGAGCUGUUCCUCGACUUGAGAAGCGAAACGGACAUUGUAUGCGCUUCCUUCUGUGUCAAGCAUUGUCGAAAUCUGCAGAAAAUGUCACUGACGGUGAGAAGAAGAACGUUUGGGGAGACUGAGCCUCCCUUGGAGUCAGACGCUCAGGCUGAGAGAUCCCAGAAGGAUCAACACAUGCUACCUUUCUGGAUGGACCUUUGCUCCGUGUUUGGCUCAAAUAAGAAUCUGACAUCUCUGGACAUCAGUCAAAGCUUCCUUAGUAACACCUCACUGAGGGUUAUUUGUGAGAACGUAGCCUCUGCCACUCAUAGUCUUCAGAAGGUGGUCCUCAACAACAUCUCACCUGCUGAUGCUUAUCGGGACUUCUGCCUCGCUUUCAGUGGUCAAGAGACCCUGACACAUCUGACCCUUCAGGGCAACGGCCAGAAUGAUAUGCUUCCCCUGUUGAGUGAAGUCUUGAGACACGCAAAAUGUAACCUGCAGUACCUCAGGUUGGAAUCUUGCUCAGCCACCAUGCAGCAAUGGGGUGAUCUCUUCUGGGCCCUUGAAAUCAACCAGUCCCUAACAUGCCUGAACCUCACAGCCAAUGAGCUCUUGGAUGAAGGUGUGAAGUUGCUGUGUGCAACCUUGAAACACCCGAGGUGCUCCCUGAAGAAGCUGUCGUUGGAAAGCUGUCAACUUACAGAAGCCUGUUGCAAGGACCUCUCUUCUGCUUUGAUCAUCAACCAGAAAUUGACACACCUGUGCUUGGCAGAGAAUGAGCUCCGGGAUAUUGGGGUGUCUCUUCUCUGUGUAGGCUUGUGUGACCCCAACUGUAAACUACAGACCCUGGUGUUGUGGAACUGCGGCGUAACUGACAGUGGCUGCGAUCAUCUCUCAAACCUUCUUCAACAAAACUCGAACCUGACACACUUGGAUCUGGGGCUGAAUCGCGUAGGAAUCACUGGGCUGAACCUGCUGUGUGAAGCCCUGAAGGAACCGACGUGUAACCUGAAAUGCCUGUGGUUGUGGGGUUGCAGCAUCAUGCCUUUCAGUUGCAUGGACCUCUCAUCUGCCCUCAAAUGCAACCGGAGCCUGACCACCUUGGACCUGGGCCAGAAUUCUUUGGGGCACAGUGGAAUAAAGAAGCUGUGUGAAGCCUUGAAAUGUCAAAAUUGCCCCCUAAGGAAACUCAGGUUGAAGUUAGACGAAUCUGAUAUUCAAGUGCAAAAGCUACUGCAAGAAAUCAAAGACAUCAAUCCACAACUGACGGUUGAGAAUGACUACCAAGAUCUCAGAAUGACGAGACCUUCUUCUCAUGACUUCCUUUUCUGA